AUGAGUGAAUUCGACUACCGGGGGCCAGUGAAGCUGGUCGUGUUCGAUUGGGCCGGCACCACGGUCGACUUCGGCUGCUUCGCACCGGUGGCCCCGUUCAUCCAGGUCUACGCCGAUUCGGGAAUCGAAGUCACCAUGGAACAGGCCCGCGGCCCGAUGGGCAUGCAUAAGAAAGACCACAUUCGCGUGCUAGGCCAACUCCCUGAGGUCGGCCAGCAGUGGCAACUCAUUCACAAUCGACCCUUUGUCGAAGACGACGUCGACGAGUUGUACCAGCGUCUGCUACAACCCGAGGUCACCCAGGCCAUCGCCGAAGCAAGUGGGCUGAUCCCCGGCAUGAUCGAAGCGGCCAAGCGUCUGCGGAAACGCGGGGUGAAGAUCGGCGCCACGACCGGCUACUUCCGCGAUGCGGCGAAAGGCGUAGUCGACCGCGCAGCCCGCAAAGGAUACGCCCCCGAUAUCAGCCUCUGUGUCGACGAUGUCCCCACCGGGCGUCCCGCCCCCUGGGCGAUGUUCGCCAUCAUGCGUGAACUCGAUGUCUAUCCGCCCUCGGCCGUGGUGAAGGUGGGCGACACCGUGCCGGACAUCGGCGAAGGACGCAACGCCGGAGCCUGGACCGUCGGCAUCACCCGCACGGGCAACGACGUUGGCCUCACCCAAGAGCAACUCGCCAGCCUCAGCGACGCCGAACGGAAGCAACGCAUCGACGCGGCAGGCAAGAACCUUCUCGCUGCCGCUCACCGACUUGCGGCUUACAUCUACAAGGAGACACCGGUGGAUCCCGAGAUUCCCUACCUGUUGCUAACCCCGGGGCCGUUGACCACCUCGCGAACUGUGAAGGAAGUCAUGCUCAGCGACUUCUGCACCUGGGACAACGACUACAACGACAUCGUGACCGACAUUCGCCAGCGUCUGGUGAAGCUCGCCACGGCCAGCGACGACUACACCUCGGUGCUCAUGCAGGGCAGUGGUACGUUCAGCGUCGAGGCCACCAUCGGUUCGGUCAUCCCGCCCGCUGGCAAGAUUCUGAUUGUCAACAACGGGGCCUACGGUAACCGGAUGGUGCAAAUCGCCCGCCGGUUGAACAUCGACUGUGUAGAACUGAAGCUGCCGGAAGUCCGUCCCGCCGACAUCGAAAAAAUCGCCACAGCCCUGGCAGCCGACAAUUCGAUCACCCACGUGGGCAUGGUCCACUGCGAAACCAGCACCGGCAUGCUCAACCCCGCCGAGGAAGUCGGCAAACUCACCCGCGAACAUGGACGGGUCUACAUACUCGACGCGAUGAGCUCCUUCGGCGGUAUCCCCAUGACUAUGGAGAGCACGGGAGCCGACUUCCUGGUCUCCAGCGCCAAUAAAUGCAUUCAAGGCGUUCCCGGCUUCGGGUUCGUCAUCGGCAAGCGGUCGCUGCUGGAAGACUCCAAGGGUUGGGCUCGUUCGUUGAGCCUCGACCUGUACGACCAGUGGUGGGAAAUGGAAAGCAAACACGGCAAGUGGCGAUACACCUCACCAACGCACGUCGUGAGAGCCUUCGCUCGGGCUCUCGACGAACUCGAUAGCGAAGGCGGCGUGGCCGUCCGCUACGAACGCUACCGAGAAAACCACCGCCGCCUGGUCGCCGGCUACGAGCAGCUCGGGUUCCGCCCCUUAUUGCCUGCCGAAUGGCGUUCGCCGAUCAUCACCUCGUUCCUGUAUCCCGAAGACCCCAGCUUCACGUUCGACACGUUCUACGCCGCGAUGAAGAAGAGACGCUUCGUUCUCUACCCGGGCAAAGUGAGCGAUGCCGACACCUUCCGCGUAGGCACCAUCGGGCAUGUCUACCCAGAGGAUAUCGACGAACUGGUCGCCGCAACCGCCGCAGCAGUGGAAGAGCUGAACCUGAAAAUCGCCGCGGCUUAA